UUGGUGACAUAAAACUAUAAAGAAUCAUGAGAAAAUCUAAUCACAACGCUUUCACCGCCGUUUUACCGAUUAUUUUCUUGUUUAUAUUAUCAUCAACGGAGCUAGUAACGGGUCAAGGACAACCCGAUCAGAGAAAAGAAGUGUAUACCUACGGAAAGAUAAGUCCAGCCUUAGCAGUGAUCGUCGUGAUCUUGUUAGCUGCUCUCUUCUUCAUGGGCUUCUUCUCCAUCUACUUCCGCCACUACUCCGCCUUACCCGACGCCGCAGCCGGCGUUUCCUCAGCCGGUGGAGUUACUAGAACAAGAGGAGUCUUCAACGUUGCGGCGGUGACACGUGGACUCGACGUUACGGUGGUUGAGACUUUCCCGACGUUCGUGUACUCUGAGGUGAAGACGCAGAAGCUUGGUAAAGGGGAGUUGGAGUGUGCGAUUUGUCUGAACGAGUUUGAAGACGAUGAAACGCUGCGUUUGCUGCCUAAAUGCGAUCACGUGUUUCAUCCUCACUGUAUCGGUGCGUGGCUUGAAGGUCACGUGACUUGUCCGGUUUGUAGAGCGAAUCUCGCUGAGGAGGUGGCUAAAGAGGAAUCGGUCGAACCGGAUGUUGAGUUACAGCAGGUGGUUGUGAAUACCGAACCGGUGGUUGAUUCGGUUCCGGUUUUGGAGAAUUCGGUUACGAGUGAGAUUGAUUCGAGGAGAGUACCGGUGGAUCUUAAACGAGCCAAGUUUUCGAGAUCGCAUACGACGGGACAUUUGGUGGUUCAACCGGGAGAAUGUACCGAACGGUUUACUCUUCGGUUACCGGAAGAUGUGAGGAAGAGGGUGAUGGCGAAUUGGAGAUUAAACCGGUCGAAUAGUCUUCUUGUUCUUCCUAGGGGAGGGAGUUCGAGAAGAGGUAAACCGAUUGACCGGUCAAGGGCUCGGUCUGAUCGAUGGUUAUACCGUAAAACUUCGUCGUUUUUGUGGAGGAAUCGAGAUGAUGGUUCGAUUAGGCUAGGUGGAACCGGUAGCGUUCGAGCAAAUGCUGUACCGAAUUUAACCGGUGAUUUGGUUCGGUCAGACCGGUGGGCUAUUCUUAGAAACGCUUCGUUUCUGUGGAGGAAUUCUUCGGUACAGGGGACAAGAGGUGGAGUUCAUAAGGAUAGGGAAGGAACUUCGGUUAAACCGUCCGGUACAAGUGGUUCAACUAGCGGUUUGGAGAGAUUACCGGUUUAGUUGACUUUUAUUUGUAGCCGUAAGUACUAUUUUCGCAUCUUUUUCCAUUUUUGUGUGUCGUAUGGGAUUGUUGAUAUAAAAAGAAAUGUAUUAUUAAAUUUUCUGUAACGUGAAUAUUAAUCAAAGUCAAAUCCAG